GCCGAGAGCGCAGCACGCAGCACGCACCCAUCCGCAGUCGCAGUCGCAGGAAGCAGGGAAACCCAGAGUUGGCAACAACUUCCCGUGGCUCCCAGCCCGUUUGUGUUUUUCUGCCUCUGUUUCGACCUCCUACGCGGCCAAAUCGGUUCUAACUCAGUUAAGAACGGCCCAGCCCAACCGAGUCUUCGAACCGCGAAUAAUUGCAUAAUUACAGAAUUUUCAAAAUAUAUUCAAGAGUGCUGCCAGUGCGAAAAUAAAUGAGAAUUCGUUUCCGAGUCUGCUGAAUCAUCGCGUAUACACUGCUCUGCGUAUACGAAAAUCAGUUUUCGCAGCCUUCGCGCCGUCCACGUCAUCAGCGAAAAAUAUAAAAUAAAUUUUCGAACCCCAUCGAAGAACUAAUAAACUAACCGUAAGCAAUUGCGAAAGAACUGCGCCAAAAUGUCCAAGAAUAACGGAAAGGGCGGCAAGGGCGAAUUCGAAUUCCCGCAGCCAGCGAAGAAGCAAACCUUCUCGCAAAUGAUCUACGAUCCCCAGGAUAAAACCUUCUUCGGACGCACCGGCAAGAAUUGGAGUCAGCUGCUGCUGUUCUACACGAUCUUCUACAUCGUGCUAGCCGCCCUCUUCACCAUUUGCAUGCAGGGUCUGUUGUCCACGGUCAGCGACCAUGAACCCAAGUGGAAGCUGCACGACUCACUCAUUGGCACCAAUCCCGGCCUGGGAUUCCGGCCUCUGAGCGAGCAGACCGAGCGCGGGUCGGUCAUCUCCUUCGACGGCAAGAAGAAGGACGAGAGUGAUUACUGGAUCGACCUCAUUGAUGACUUCCUACGGGACUACAACCACACCGAGGGUCGUGAGAUGAAGCACUGUAGCUUCGGUCAGACCCACAAUAUCACAGAUGUCUGCGUGGUGAACACGGAUCUGUUUGGCAGUUGCUCGAGGGCCAAUAACUACGGCUACAAGACAAACCAGCCCUGCAUAUUCCUCAAGCUGAACAAGAUCUAUGGCUGGCAGCCGCAGGUGUUCGAGGAGGAGCAGAAGGAUAUGCCAGAUGACCUGAAGAAGGUGAUCAACGAGACGAAGAAGGAGGAGCGCAAGCAAAUCUGGGUGAGCUGCAACGGACACUUGGGCAAGGAUAAGGAGCACUUCGAGAACAUCAGGUACUUCCCCACCCAGGGAUUCCCCAGCUACUACUACCCGUACCUGAACCAGGCCGGCUAUUUGAGUCCCCUCGUCGCCGUGCAGUUCAACUCGCCGCCCAAGGGUCAAAUGUUGGACGUGGAAUGCCGUGCCUGGGCCAAGAACAUCCGCUACAGCGGCAGUGCCCGCGAUCGCAUGGGGUCCGUGACCUUCCAGAUCAUCGUGGACUAAGUCGCCAACUUGUGAUCGCAACAAAACAAAAACCAACACUAGGCACCCAUGGGGAGACCAAUUACCACCUACCGUACUACAAGAGAUACACACAUGCGUGCAUAGAUAUAUAUAUAUUUGGAAAGAGCUAGCGACCUUAGGUUCUCAAGUGCAUUGUAUAUAUUUAUACGAAAUAUUGAUCCGACCGUCAAUUGGGUUCUGAACAUCUGACCUACCUUGGAAAUAGAACAGUUUAAAAGCUUGAAAUUAAAGUUCAAAUCGUACACACGCAAUUGUUGUUAUAGCUUUUAGCUUGUCUAUUGCUAUCAGUUAUUAUUAUUAAUAUUUAUCUUAUUAUUUCAUAAUGAAUUCUUGUAAAUUUGAUCAUUAUUUCCUGUCAGUUGUAUCUAGUUUUUAUUUAUAAAUGUUAAAGUAUGGCCGAAAAACUAUUCGUUUCCUGCACACAGCCCUGGGCUGGUUCAAUUUGUACAAAGAAGUAACUAAAUAAAUUGAAAUUGUUAAACGUAUGCAAGAAUUUGAAAAAAAUAAUGAAAAUCGAAACAUUUUGCCCUAAGUAACUGUCGAUUAUUAUUUGGAAGCUGGAAAGUAUUCAAGAACCUCUAUGUAGUGCAAUUUUAAAACCAUUAACCGCAGCAACAAAGAAAUUCCAGUCAUAUUUAUGCGACUAACAAAAUACAAUUUUUAAUUUAUUUUAAACAAGUUUUCAUUCAUAUAAAACGAAAAUUAAGCGAAAAUUGUUCUUGUGUUGCAUCAUUUUAAUAAAGAAGCAGAUAAUAUAAGUAUUUUAA